AUGACAGGGAGCAAAAUGGGGCUCUUAGCAAAAGCGCUAAGGCUUUUUUGUUGGAAGGAUUUUAUCGAUAUUAUUCUAUCAAAAACACAACGCAAAACUCCGACUGUUGUUCAUAAACAGUAUAAAAUUGGCCGUAUUCGACAAUUUUAUUUAAGAAAAGUAAAAUUUACGCAACAAAGUUUCCAUGAUAAAAUAGCACUAAUAUUAACCGAUUUUCCAAAACUAGAAGAAAUCCAUCCGUUUUAUGCUGAUUUAAUGAAUGUUUUGUAUGAUAAAAAUCAUUACAAGUUAGCAUUGGGUCAAUUGAGUAUAGCAAAGAAUUUAAUUGAUAAUGUUGCUAAAGAUUAUGCUCGAAUGAUGAAAUUUGCAGAUUCACUAUAUCGAUGCAAAUGUUUGAAACGCGCUGCCUUAGGAAGGAUGGCAACAAUAAUCAAACGUCAGGCUCAAAGUUUACAAUAUUUAGAACAAGUUCGUCAACAUUUAUCUCGUUUGCCAUCGAUUGAUCCAAAUACGCGAACAUUAUUGAUAUGUGGUUUUCCAAAUGUUGGAAAAUCAAGUUUUUUGAAUAAAAUUACCCGUGCCGAUGUCGAAGUUCAACCUUAUGCCUUUACCACAAAAUCCUUGUAUGUUGGACACAGUGAUUAUAAAUAUUUACGAUGGCAAGUUGUUGAUACACCUGGCAUACUUGAUCAUUCUUUAGAAGAUCGUAAUACAAUUGAGAUGCAAGCAAUAACAGCAUUAGCACAUUUACGUGCCGCCAUACUAUAUGUUAUGGACAUAUCGGAACAGUGUGGCUACUCUUUAGAAGAACAGCUCAAUUUAUUCAAUAAUAUCAAAGCUCUAUUUACGAAUAAGCCAUUGUUAAUCGUUGUUAAUAAAGUUGAUAUAAAACGUUUAGAUGAAUUAUCUGAUGAAAAAAAAGCUGUUUUUGAACAAUUUCGUAAAGAAGACGUGAAAAUUAUGGAGAUGAGUACGUUUACAGAUGAAGGCGUUUGUGAAGUUCGAAAUGAGGCAUGUGAUCGCUUGCUUGCACAUCGUGUUGAUAUCAAAUUGAAAAGUCGUAAAGUCGACGAUGUACUCAAUCGUUUACACGUCGCACAACCACAAAAACGUGAUGAAAUUGUUCGUCCGCCACAUAUUCCCGAAGGUGUGUUCAAAUCUUUAGAAAAAGCCACGAAAAUAACGGAAUCCGCCGUAUCGAACAUAGUGCCAACAAUAGAUGAUGAAGAUUAUACCGGUGAAAAUGAUGAAAAACCCAUUACUCGAAAGAAAAAACUUGAACGUGAUCUCGAAGUAGAAUUGGAAGAUGAUUAUCAUUUGGAUCUAAGAAAAACAUGGCUAUUAGCUACUGAUAAAGAAAAAUAUGAUAUAUUACCAGAUGUUUAUCGUGGAAAAAAUGUUGCUGAUUACAUUGAUCCCGAUAUCAUGAAAAAAUUAGAAGAAUUAGAACAGGAAGAAGAGGCACGUGAUGAAGCCGGUUUCUAUGAUGAAGAGGAAAGUGAAGAAGAUGAUGAAACACAAGCUAUAAGAAAAUUGGCAAAAAAAAUUCGUUAUAAACGACAUGUGAUGAUAUCUGAAAGUAGAUCGAAAAAACAAGCUAGACGCACGCCAUCUGUACCAAGACCAAAAUUACCAAUUAAAAGAGAAAGAUUAGAAAGUACAAUGAGUGAACUUGGAAUUGAUAUGGAAAAUAAAGAAGGCUCACAUUAUGUAGACAAAGCUAAAAAAACAAGAAGUAGAUCUGAAAGUCGACCACCAGUAAAACGGCAACGAGUUGAUUCUGAAGGACGUGUUCGAAGUAGUUCAAAAGUUCCACGAGAUCAAUCGGGUGUACGUGAUGUUGUUAUGGCAAAUAAAGCAAAGUCUAUAAGUAAAGUUAAUCAACGUAAAUUUCAAUUGAGAGCCACAUCAGGUGAAUCAGACAGACGUAUUUAUGUCAAAAAACCAAAACAUUUAUAUACAAUGACACAAAAAAGUAUUACGUUUUUUUUUGGUAAAAAACGCACAUUAUCGGAUGCUGCUGAUGAAAAUCAACCUCCUGAAGAGCAAAUAGCCAGUCCAAAACGAGUCAAAACUGAUGCUCCCACGACAUCAUCGUUAUCACCGUUUACUGAUAAAAAACCAAAUACGAUUGAACAAAGUUCUCCAGGACGGUUACCACCAACAGAAGAAGAGAAAAGAACAUUAGAACAAAUACAACAGAAUCGACUUAUGGCUAAAAUGAAACUUGAAGCAAAAAACACAUUUGGUGUUGUUGUUGAUAUGUCUUUGUCAUGGUAUAAAGCAUUCGAAUCUGAAUUUUCUAAAGAUUAUUUUUUAAAACUGUCAGCAUUUAUCGCCGAGGAACGUACAAAACAUAUAAUUUAUCCCCCAGCGAACAUGGUUUUUUCAUGGACGAGAUUUUGUCAGUUGAGUGAAGUUAAAGUAGUUAUAUUGGGUCAAGAUCCCUAUCAUCAACCAAAUCAAGCACAUGGUCUAUGUUUCAGUGUGCGUAAGAAUGUUAGACCACCACCAAGUUUGUUAAAUAUGUAUAAAGAAUUGAAAAACGAUAUUGAGGGUUUUGAAAUUCCAAAGCAUGGAACAUUGGCUGGCUGGGCUCGUCAGGGUGUGUUAUUGCUUAAUGCUUGCUUGACAGUUGAAGCAAAUAAAGCAAAUUCACAUAAAGGAAAAGGGUGGGAAAAAUUUACGGAUGUUGUUAUUCGAUAUUUGAAUGAUCGCACAAGUCAUAUUGUAUUUUUAUUAUGGGGAAAAGACGCACAAAAUAAAGGAGCACAGAUAAAUAAAAAACGUCAUCAUGUUUUGACUUGUGCUCAUCCAUCGCCGUUAUCAGCACAUAAUGGCUUUUUUGGUUGUAAACAUUUUUCAAAAUCAAAUGAUUAUCUUAAAUCACAUGGAAUAACACCUAUCGAUUGGUCAAAUCUACCAUCAGAAGAUGAUUUGCCAUUUAUUUGA